AAGUGUUAAGUGGUUCUGCCCUAUGUUUUGUUCUUUUCUGGAAUAAUAUGCAACUAGAGAGGUUUGUAUGGAAGGUUGUCUUUCAUAUAUUCUUAAUCUGGAGGCUUCUUGAUAUAGGUUUUUCCUAAUUAAAAAAUUGCAAAGGUAGAGUUAGAGAGAAACUUGAAUGAGUGCCUAAUUGUGAAAUGGUUAGCGUAGACUUCUAAAAUGAAAACAGAAUUAAAUAAUGUAUGAUAAAAGCCCAAAGACUUGGUACUAAACACUUUGUAUUUGUUAUACCUGCCAUAUAAACGUUCUAGUAGGACUAAGUAAAUCUCUCAACAUUUCAUGAAAAAGACGAGUGCAUCCACACACAUUCGUCACACCAAAAUACUGUGAAGGUUUUAGGGCUUUUAGGGAAAUAUUGUUAGGCAUGUCCUUAUGCGAGUAUCUGCACAACUAAAUAUUCCUGAUAAAUUGAAGACAUGGUAAGUAGAAUGUUAAUCACUUUCUAAACAGUAAAUUAUUUGGUGUUGUUGAAAAAAAAAAUCACUGUAAAUCUGAAAAUAUUUCAGAUAUUUCUUUAGCUGUGAGUGUCAGUUAAUAGCACUCUGGUUAUUUUACAGAAAUGCUCAUAGGAUUGGACAGGAGCUUGAAGGCUAACAGCAAGGAACUGUGCACACUGGAAACUCAGAUCUUCCCAAACUCCAUAUUGGUGGUAAAGAAUUGACCAGGAAAAAUAAAGAAAUCUGUUAACAGGCCAUGGAUGCUCGCGUGGUGAAGGAUAUGACAACUGGGAAAUCAAAGGGGUAUGGAUUUGUGUCCUUCUAUAACAAACUGGAUGCAGAGAAUGCCAUAGUUCACAUGGGAGGGCAGUGGUUGGGUGGAAGACAGAUCCGGACCAACUGGGCAACUCGCAAACCCCCUGCUCCUAAGAGUGUUCAGGACAGCAGCUCAAAGCAGCUGAGAUUUGAAGAUGUUGUGAACCAGUCAAGUCCUCAGAACUGCACGGUAUACUGCGGUGGCAUCCAGUCAGGGCUCUCGGAGCACCUUAUGCGACAGACAUUUUCACCUUUUGGGCAAAUAAUGGAAAUUAGAGUUUUCCCAGAGAAAGGCUAUUCUUUUAUCAGGUUCUCCUCCCACGAGAGUGCUGCUCAUGCCAUUGUGUCAGUGAAUGGAACAACCAUUGAAGGUCAUAUUGUUAAGUGCUACUGGGGCAAAGAGUCUCCUGACAUGGCCAAAAAUGUCCAGCCAGUAACAGAACAAGUGGAUUAUGGACAAUGGGGCCACUGGAAUCAGAUGUAUGGAAAUCCUCAGCAGUAUGGGCAGUACAUGACAAAUGGAUGGCAAGUACCAUCAUAUGGAAUGUAUGGACAAACAUGGAAUCAGCAGGGAUUUGGAGUGGAACAGUCACAGUCUCCUGCUUGGGUGGGAGGUUUUGGGACUCAACCAUCUCAGGCACAGCCUGGUCCAGUGAUGAACCAGGCUAACUUUGGCAUGGCUGGAUACCAGACGCAGUGAUCUGGUGCUCACUUUCCAACAUCUGAGUCACUUUGUGGGAGCCCUCUUCCUCCUCUCACUGGGAGAGAAUAAAGAGACUAAUAGGAGCACAUCCACUUUUUCCCAGAAAACAUUCAGAACUGACCUGAAUCAGGGCUUGCUUAAGUGUAAAGAAGCAAAUUUUGGUUAUAGAAUGCCUUCAGCAGGAAACUGAAUUUAAUUGCAAAACUUAUUUUUCUUGUUUUAAUGAAGUUGGAGAAAAUAAACUGUUCAUUCCCCCAUC